AUGAAGGCCAUGGAAGCGAAGUUCGCGCGAGAUGCUUCCUUCCAUGCGCUGUAUACAGAUUUCAUGCGUCAAUACGUCGAGCUCGGGCAUAUGACGCCGGUCGAUCCUCCGGCCGAUCCGGCGAAAAUGGCCGUUUGCUAUCUGCCUCACCAUGGAGUGAUGAAGGAAACCAGCACGACGACGAAAUUGCGAGUCGUCUUCAACGGUUCUUCCGCGCUGCCGACGGGAGCGGCGCUAAAUAAGUAUCUGCAGACCGGGCCGAACUUGCUGCCGGCUUUGGCAGAGAUCUUACUCCGUUGGCGGCGUCACCGGUACGUUUUCGCGGCGGACAUAGAGAAAAUGUACCGGCAGAUCGAAGUCCACCCGGAAGACAGGGAUCUGCAACGCAUAGUCUGGCGUGAGAGCCCUAGCAAUGUGUUGCUGAAAUUUCUCCUAAUCACUCUCACGUACGGGCUUGCUUGUUCCGCGUUCCUAGCGAUUCGCACGCUCCAUCAGCUGGCCAAGGACGAGGGAGUUGAGUUCCCGCUAGGAGCUAUCGCCCUCCUACUGGAGACCUACAUGGACGACGUAUUGUCUGGCGCGGACACGAUCUCGAGGGCCAAAGAGAUCCGUCGUCAGCUGGACCGAAUCUGCAUGGCGGGCGGCUUCCCGCUCAAGAAGUGGUCGGCGAACGAGGCGUCGAUACUCGAUGAGGUCCCUCCUGAGGAUCGCCUUCAACGCGAGCCCCGGUGGUGGCUCCUGGGAGAGAGCCACUUGACCCUCGGGCUGCGUUGGCAUCCACGCGAAGAUCAGUUCGCCUACUCGACGCAACUGACCCAACUGGAGGCUAUUACGAAGCGGUCGGUCUUAUCUUUAGCCGCUCGGCUAUUCGAUCCGCUGGGGUGGCUCGCCCCCACUACCGUAUUAGCUAAAAUUUUGUUUCAGUCCACCUGGUUGCUGGGAUUGGAUUGGGACACGCAGCUCCCUGACACCGACGUACGACGAUGGCUCGAAUUCCAGGCCGGACUGCCUCUACUGGAAACGAUCCGAGUGCCCCGAUGGCUGGAGAGCGAUCAAGAAGGUGUUAAGCGCGAACUGCACGGAUUCGCCGACGCCUCGGAAAAGGCGUACGCAGCGGUGGUCUACCUGCGGACCGAAAGCUCGAGCGGCGAAGUAGUCGUGAGCCUCGUGGCGGCGAAAACCAAAGUCGCUCCGUUAAAGCAGGUCAGCCUUGCACGGCUGGAGCUAAACGCUGCCGCCUUACUCGUCCGACUCGCCAAUCAUGCUCGGCGGGUCCUCAAGAUAGAAGAGGAUCCGACCCAUCUGUGGACUGAUGCGACCGUAGUGCUAGGCUGGAUUCGAGGUCACCCUGCUUCCUGGAAGACAUACGUGGCAAACAGAGUGAGUGAGAUUCAGCUCACUCUCCCUGACGCUUAUUGGCAUCACGUCCCCGGGCGUGAAAACCCCGCCGACUGCGCGUCCCGAGGCCUCUUACCAAGGGAACUCGUGGAGCACCCGCUCUGGCGGCAGGGCCCGGCGUGGCUCCGAACUAAAACCGGUCCGUGGUCCGCUCCCUUGGACGACGAAGUACCCGUCGACCUCCCGGAACGGCGCUCUCACAUACAUGCCGUGGCAGCCGCUACGGAGGAGCCCGAGCUGCUGACGAGGUACUCAUCCCUGACGAGCUUGGCGCGGACGACAGCUUGGUGCCGCCGUUGGCUGCGGUGCCUGCGGGCGAGGCGGACUGCCCACGAGAAGCAGCCCGAUUCCUCCGCUGGGCUCGUACUAACACGCGAGGAGCUCAGCGACGCCAUCGUGGGUUGGAUCGGCUGGGUUCAAUCCAUUCAUUUCAAGGGGGAAGCGACGGCCCUCCGAAAGAACGCUCCGCUGCCGGCGCGCAGUUCCAUCGCCUCGCUGAGCCCCUUCCUGGACGAGUGA